ACAGGAGGAGUGACAUCCAUGGAUGAUUUCUUGAUCAAGUUCUUUCCCAGUGUAUAUGUGAAAAAGCACGCAGCUAAAGAAAACAAUUACUGCAAAUACGAUAACGAGUAUUUGCAGCUUUUCACAUCUUCCCUCUAUCUCGCCGCCAUUGUCGCUAGCUUCGGAGCUUCUUUUGUCUGCAAAAGAUUCGGCCGAAGACCCACCAUUCAAGUCGCCUCCGUCUUCUUCGUCCUCGGCGCAAUACUCAAUGCCGCCGCCAAAAACCUCGCCAUCUUGAUCAUCGGCCGUCUUUUUCUCGGCGCCGGCGUUGGGUUCGGUAACCAGGCAGUACCAUUGUUCAUAUCGGAGAUUGCACCGGCAAAAUACAGAGGAGGACUUAACAUCUGUUUUCAGUUACUGAUAACAGUGGGAAUUUUAUUAGCCAACAUUAUAAACUAUUUCACAUCAAAAAUUCACCCAAAUGGGUGGAGAGUAUCCUUAGGCUGUGCAGGUAUCCCGGCGGCGAUUCUCCUCUUCGGCUCUCUGAUCAUCGUGGAAACUCCGACGAGUCUGAUCGAGAGAGGAAAGAAAGAAGACGGCGUGAGAACUCUGAAGAAGAUCAGAGGUGUAGAAGAUGUUGAAGAAGAGUUUCAAGCGAUUUUAUACGCAACUGAAGUAGCCAAGAAAGUGAAACAUCCUUAUAAAGAGUUAACAACAAAGCGUCGGAAUCUUCCUCCAUUGAUUUGCGGAACAAUUCUGCAGGUUUUUCAGCAGUUCACCGGCAUUAAUGUGAUCAUGUUCUAUGCUCCUGUGCUGUUCCAGACAAUGGGAUUCGGAGGCGAUGCAUCACUGUUGUCGGCAGUUGUGACUGGGUUGGUUAAUGCAGCAUCAACAGUAGUUGCAAUUGUUACUGUUGAUAGAAUUGGAAGAAAAGUUCUACUCCUUGAAGCAGCUGCUCAGAUGCUUGUUUCCCAGUGUAUAAUGGGGGCAAUUCUAGCAGCAAUGUUGAAAUCCACCAAUGCUAUUCCCCAUGGAUUUGCAGUGCUGGUGGUGGUGUUGGUGUGUGUUUUCGUGUCUGGAUUUGCGUGGUCAUGGGGACCAUUGGGAUGGUUGAUUGCGAGUGAAAUCUUCCCGUUGGAGAUUAGAAACGCAGGCUAUUUCUUCGCGGUGAGCAUGAACAUGUUUUGCACAUUCAUCAUAGCUCAGGCCUUUCUCACCAUGCUCUGCCACAUGAGGUCUGGGAUCUUCUUCUUCUUCGCAGCAUGGAUUGUGGUGAUGGGAGUUUUCGUGAUCUUUAUGUUGCCUGAAACAAAGGGUGUUCCAAUUGACGAAAUGGUGGAGAGAGUGUGGAAGAAACAUUGGUACUGGAAGAGGUGGUUUAGAGAUGAAGAUUGUAGCCAGGAAGAAGAGAUGAAGGAAGUUCCAGCUGCUGCAACCGAGGAUAAAUGAGUUUAUAAGAAUCAAUUUAUAUACUAGAGGUUGCGGAAACUUUCGAUCUUCUCUAUAAGAAAUUGUAAAUUUAAGUCAGUUCUAUGUGAUCCAAAAAAAUUUUUAGAUAUUGUUUUCGUUGUAGAGAAGCAGAAAUGGCCAGCUAAACAGUUUCUAGAA